UAAAGACAGACCCAGAUGUGUGUGUUUGUGGAGGAGGAGGAGGAGGAGGAGGAGGAGGAGGAGGAGGAGGAGGAGCCUGGUCCGUCCUCCGUCUCCUCCUCCUUUUGCUCUAAACACACACUCCCUUUUCAGCCUCUUUCUCAGAGUUUCUCAGACACCGGUCGUCUCCUCUCUCUGUCUCUGUCUCUGUCUCUGUCUCUGUCUCUGUCUCUGUCUCUGUCUCUCGGGAUGAGUCAGGUCUUCCAGGACGCCCUCCAGUCCAGGCUGAAGCGGGCGGGGGACAUGAAGGACGAGGACAAGUUGUUUGUCUACAGGGGAGUGCUGUACCCUGUCCUCAUGUGUCCCGAGGAGAACCUGAAGGCUGUGGAGGACUUCCAGGCCCGGGAGGAGGACGUCAUGCUGGUGGCUUAUCCCAAAUGUGGUUUUAACUGGAUGGUCGGUGUGCUGAAGAAGAUCAUUGCCGAGGCCACCGGGAACAAAACCGAGUCCAAGAUGCCGCCGCUGAUCGAGUUCUUUGGGCCGGAGGUUCUGAAGGUGGUGAAUCAGGCUCCAUCUCCAAGGCUCGUGGGGACUCACUUCCACCCCGACAACAUCCCAGCGUCUUUCUACGAAAAGAAAACCAAGAUGUUGGUGGUCUUCAGGAACCCCAAAGACACUCUGGUGUCCUACUACCAUUUCUGCAAGGACAACCCAGUCCUUCCGACCCGGUCCUGGGAGUCCUUCUACUCUGAGUUCAUGAAGGGAGACGUUGGAUGGGGCUCAUAUUUUGAUCAUGCCCUGGCCUGGGACAAGAAGAUGGACGACCCCAACGUCAUGAUCAUCACCUACGAAGAAUUAAAACAGGACCUGGACGAUGCCGUCCGUCAGAUCUCAAGCUUCUUCGGCUACAACUUGACGGAGGAUCAGGUGCAGAAUAUCACUGGUAAGAGCACCUUCAGUGCCAUGAAGGAGAGCUCGGCCAACUCCCACGGCAACAUGGGAAACGUCAUCUUCCGGAAAGGUGAGGUCGGAGACUGGAAGAACCAUUUCACAGCAGAGCAGAGCAAAGAGAUGGACGAGGCCUUUAAAAAACAUCUGGGAGGAACCAGACUGGGAGCCAAACUCAACUACCAGCAGCAUUGUCAGUAGAGGAUCAGGAGGAAAGACGACAAAAGAAAGGGAGAUAUGUAGGACAUGCUGUCUGAAACUGGAGAAGUUGUUUAUGGAGGUGGUGCAAAGCCUGGCAGGCUCAGUUCAGGGCCAAAAGUCCCAUGGAAAACAAAGAAGGGAAAAGCAGAUUAUGGUUUACUUUACUUGUUUCUUUUUCUGGUUCCAGAUGGUUUUAUUCAUAGAGAGAAAAUGUCUUCAUGCAGGCAGCUACCUGACACCACGCUGGUGCACUUCUGUGAAAAAAACAUACAUACAUAAAUAUGUACAAUGUCAAUGUUGUUGCAAAUGCCUGGAUGAAAAAUAAAAGUCUUUCUGCAGGUCA